AUGUGGUCCGCAAGCUUGAUCUGCAGCAUCGCACUCGCGUUUCCCGUGCUGGCGGCCGCCGUGUGCCAAGAUGGGUCAUGCGCAGGUCGCGAGAUGGACGAAGCCUUCAUGAUACAGAAGAGGGCCAAGGCAGGCGAAUUUGGUACAGGGAAAGCUGGAACUCGCAAGCUUGCGAUGACUUUUGAAGGUGGUGGUUUCAAGGCACACUCCGCCUUCACAGGUGCGAUGAGCGGAUUGUUGGGUGCUUCCGGACUCGGCUUGGAGAAGUUGCUCCACGCAGUGGAAGUGUUGGUGUCCAUAAGUGGAGGAACGUGGUUCGCAGCGCAGCUGAUCUACUCUCCUGCAUUUCUUUCCCUUGUUGAAGAGAUGGGCAAGAAGCCCGACGAUGCCGCAAAGCUCUUUUGGAAGUCGUGGGUGGUGCCCUUCUUGGAGUCUAUGGUCACGGUGAAGAGCACAGGUCCUUCGACCCCGUGGGAUCCCCCGAAGAGAACGGAGGUUCCCCAGACGGUGUUGAAGAACGACCGUUUCCACGAGUUGCCUGGAAGAGAGGGCAAACCCGGGAUCUGGAUAGAUUUCGUUGAGAUUCUCUUCGAGGUCAUCUAUGCCUUCAUCCAUGAGCAUGGGAAUUGGGAGGACUUUGUUGGAAAGAUCUUGAACACCAUGAAGGACGUGUCUAGGCAAGAUACAUUGGGCGGCAAAACUAACCCCUGGGCCAGCAACAAGACUUGGCUGGUGUCCGUGUCUGUGGCUAGUGCCGGAAACGGCACCGGAGUGUACCGGAAUGGCACGUUCGGCGUGACCUACUCCUGUCCCAGUACUCGCAGUCGGGCUAUGUCCUCCUGGGCACCCGCCGCCUUCAGCGUGAAGUUGGGCGUGCCAGAACUACCCAGUGCCACUUUCUGCCACGACUGCCACGACCUGGAGAUCCAGUAUACCGGA